AUGCUCAGGCUUUACGUGCUCCUGGUUCCUCUCUUUAGAGCCUAUGGUGCGCUCCUCUACGCUAACCUUGGAGAUAAUGUGACUUUUCAUUGCUCCUUUGCCUCCAGGGCCAAAUAUCUCUCCUGGUACAAGCAAGUCAUAGGAGAGUCACCUCGAGUCAUAUCCUCUUUCUACAAACAUUUACUCGACUCCAACAGCUUCCACCCCGGGUUUAAAAACAAUCAACGCAUUUCAAUUGAUAGUGGAGAAAAUUUCUAUCGUCUGAACAUUUUUAAUGUUCAGGAUUCUGACUCGGCCAUGUACUACUGUGGACAGACCAGCAUCUCAGUCACUAAAUUUGACGACGGAAUGUUUUUGGUCCUGAGAGAGCCCAGUCACAGGACUUUCCUAAAGCAGCCAGAAUCAAACUCUGUGCAACAAGGAGACUCGGUGACACUGAACUGCACGCUGCUCAAAGGAUCCAGUGCCGAAGGAGACAACGUUUACUGGUUCAAAAAGGAUACAGUAGAUUCUCACUUGGGAAUCAUGUACAGCCACAAAAAUAGCAGCAGCCACUGUGCGAAGAAGUCUGAGUCCAGCUGCUCUGCACAGAGAUGCGUUUACAGCUUCACAAAGAAGAACGUGAGCCGGUUUGAUGUCGGGACGUACUACUGUGCUGUGGCUUCAUGUGGCGAGGUGCUUGUUGGGAAAGGCACGAGACUGGAUGUCGUAGUGAAACAGGACGAAGCUGCCCCUGUCUUGGUUAAGACUGUGGUUGCAGCUCUGGUUGUCUCAGUUAUUUUCAAUGGUCACUUCAACAGCCUAAUACUAAAGAAGACACUGCGAACUGUGAGUGAUCGGUCGCAUCACGGGACGGGACAAGGUGCCCACAGGAGAGAGGUGGCUGGUCUGGGGUCAUGGUGUGAGGACAACAACCUUAACCUCCACACUGAUAAGACAAAGGAGAUGAUAGUGGACACGAGGAAGAAGAGGAGGCCUCACCAGCCGCUGUUUAUCCGGGACCGUGAAGUGGAAAGGGGAGUGAUAACAACUGUGGAGAAGAUUAUCAGGACUCCGCUGCCCUCUCUGCAGAGCAGAGGAGAGCUGCCUCCAUCCUCAAAGAACCCACACACCCCCAACAUAGGUUACACCUUCAUAGACGAAGGUUCAGAAGUGUGA